AUGCCAGGCCAAGAUGCGCCUCGAGUUUUGUUUGAGGACUUGAAGCAAAAGUUUGGAUAUACGGGCGUGGUAAAUCACAAGCAGGUGGGCGUGUGGAGUUUGUACGACAUUCUUCGAGGCGUGCAAAACAAAAAGGAUCUAGAAACAGCCAUGCAGACAGUCAACAUGUUCUACAACUUCGGCGUGAAGUUGAAACAUCACGAAAUAUCGACGCGAUUGCUGGCGGCUUCAAUGCAAGCUGGGGAUGAGUCGGAAGCAGUCGAAUUGGUUCGUCUGUAUGGUACGUGGUUGGAGCACCCGCCAGAUGCACCAGUUGUCUAUGCUACCAUGUCGCAUUUCUUGGACGACGGCAAGCCCUUGAUCGUCAGGGAAAUUGCGAAAAGAUUGAGAGAAGACUGGCGCUUUCCGUUGGAGGCGCCGUUGUACAACUUGGCUAUACAAGCAAUGCUUAUGCUCCCGGAUGAGGAUGCUUUGGUCGAGGCAAUGGUAUUGUUCCAGGAUGCCGUGCAAAUGGGGGUCAGAUUACCGCCAAAGACACAGCUUCGUCUUCUCCAGGAGUGCCUCACUGCCUUCCAGGCAAGAGAAGGAGAAGUGCAGACAGAGUUGGAAGAGGCAUCUAUCGUCAAGUUGAAAUCUGCGCUGUUCGUUGCAGAAUGUCUCGCCAGAGAUGGCUACGCACGAACAGGUGGCGCAGAGGUUUCUUGCUCUUUUGCGUGGCUCUUGUGGCAUUUGGAGGCACGCCCUAUCAUGAGCAAACAUGAGUUGUAG